ACCCUAGUCUUUGCCACUUCGGAUAGCUCCAACCCAACGGUCUUUUCUCUUCGUCUCUGCGCCUUUCACACUAAUGGCGAUUCUCACUCUUCCCUUACUCACUUCUCUCCUUAAACCCCAUAAAACCCACCUCUCCUUCCUCUUCACAAGACGACCCAACAGUCUCCUUGUUCGCAAACGCUAUUUCGCGAAGAGCACAGUCUCUGCAAUCACUACCUCUGCGAAUCCCCACCAUUCCUCCACAUACCCUGAUCCAGAACAAACCAAAAAACGCUCAUCAAUUCCCACUUUCCAACAAGCCAUUCAGCGUCUCCAGGAAUAUUGGGCUUCUGUGGGAUGUGCCAUAAUGCAGUGCAGCAACACUGAGGUUGGAGCUGGGACUAUGAAUCCUCUAACUUUCUUAAGGGUACUUGGUCCAGAACCAUGGAAUGUUGCGUAUGUGGAGCCCAGUAUCCGGCCAGAUGACAGUCGCUAUGGUGAAAACCCAAAUAGACUUCAGCGGCAUACUCAAUUUCAGGUGAUAUUGAAGCCUGAUCCUGGAAAUUCGCAAGACCUAUUCAUCCGCAGCCUAUCGGCCCUAGGUAUUAAUGUUAAUGAGCACGAUAUACGUUUUGUGGAGGACAACUGGGAAAGCCCGGUACUUGGUGCCUGGGGACUGGGCUGGGAAAUUUGGAUGGAUGGGAUGGAAAUCACACAAUUCACCUACUUCCAGCAGGCUGGAAGUCUGCAAUUGAUGCCUGUAUCCGUUGAGAUAACUUAUGGUCUUGAACGUAUCCUCAUGUUACUUCAGGGAGUCGAUCAUUUCAAGAAAAUUCAAUAUGCAGAUGGAAUUACAUAUGGAGAGCUGUUUCUAGAGAAUGAGAAGGAAAUGAGUGGAUACUAUCUGGAGCAUGCCAGUGUCGCUCAUCUUCAGAAACACUUUGAUCUUUUUGAGGAAGAAGCCUGUUCUUUGCUUGAUUUAGGCCUUGCAAUACCUGCGUAUGAUCAGCUUUUAAAGACAUCUCAUGCUUUUAACAUUUUAGACUCUAGAGGCUUUGUUGGGGUGACAGAACGGGCUCGUUAUUUUGGUCGGAUGCGUAGUUUAGCUCGUCAAUGUGCACAACUUUGGUUAAAGACAAGGGAGUCUCUUGGGCAUCCUUUGGGUAUCCUUUCUGAACCUGAUCAUCUUGUUUGUCCAAAAGAAUUUCUGGAGGGAGCAGUUGCAAAGGUGCCUGCGGAACCAAGGAUGUUUGUGCUUGAAAUAGGCACAGAAGAGUUGCCACCUACAGAUGUAAUUAAUGCAAGCCAACAACUUAAAGAUCUAAUCGUGCUGUUAUUGGAAAAACAACGGUUGAGCCAUGGUAAAGUGCUAGCAUUUGGUACACCACGCAGACUAGUGGACUUGAGUUUGAAGAGGAUUUUUGGCAAGGGCUAUGAGCGUGAUGGACUGUACUACUUUAGGGAUCCACUGGACAAACCUUCAUCUUCUUUCUUAGCUAGUUUUCAGGUUCAAGUUGAGAGCCUAUGCUCUAGGCAAGUGGAAAAUGAGGUUGAGGUUCGAGGGCCCCCAGUUUCAAAGGCAUUUGACCAUCAAGGAAAUCCUACGAAGGCUGCUGAGGGAUUUUGUCGUAGAUACCAAGUGGAUGUGGAUUCCUUGUAUAAAAAGGUUGAAGGGAAAAUGGAAUAUGUUUACGCUCGUGUGGUGGAGUCUGCGAGACUGGCUUUGGAGGUUUUGUCUGAGGACUUGCCCUCUACAAUCGCUAGAAUAUCAUUCCCGAAGUCAAUGCGUUGGAACUCUCAGGUCAUGUUUAGCAGGCCAAUUCGAUGGGUUUUGGCCCUCCAUGGAGAUGUGGUUAUUCCAUUUACAUUUGCUGCCGUGUUAAGUGGAAACCUAUCUUAUGGUCUUCGGAAUACUCCUUCAGCUACUGUAAAGAUUGAAUAGAUAGUUGAAUGAACUCCGCCUUCAUAGCCGUUCUGCAUCAUGUGGCUUUCAGGGAUUUCAUUGUCCGACACCCUCAUUUGGUGACAUCUUUCCUUCGACGCUGUGAAUUUGUUAAUAUCAUAAUAUACAUUCAUAAUUCCAUGUCAUUAGUACAAACUUUUAUAGUGCGUGGUUGGUUACUGUCUUGAACUAAUUGUAAAAAAUA